AUGCUAUUAUUUCUCAUUAUUUCAGUUUCAAUUGGUUUGUUUUGAAUUAUAUUUAAACUGAAACAUAAUUUUAAUAUUAAAGGAAUUAUCCAAGGCUCCGAAUAUUAUGGAAACUUUGUAGGAAGCUUAAAAAACAACUUUGUACAAGCAGAAAUUUAUCUCAUUAAUUCGACACAUUUGCAAGUUCUCAAUUUUCAUGCAACAACAGAUGGUAUGUUUCUCUGACACUAACACAGAAAAAAACGCGGAAAAAACGACAGAGAAGCAGGCAGGUGCUGCAGCAUGCAUUUAAAACUGACAUUAGAGAGAGUGGAAAUGUGUGGGGGUAUAGCUCAGUGGUAGAGCGCUCCCUUAGCAUGGGAGAGGGCUGGGGUUCAAUUCCCCAUACCUCCAGAAAACUUUUUCGUUUUUUUUUUUUUUAAUUUUGUUUUUUAUAAGGGAGGAUCCCAUAGUUUAAAAAAACAUUGGAAAUUGCACAGGGCAUAAAACUCAAAACCUCAAAUUAAAAAAAUGUUCAAAGAACUCACUUUUCCUUCAGUUUUCCUCGUGAUUGAAAAUCAUUCAACUAAAAUUCGCUUCAUAAAUUGUUUCAAUAUUUCCAUCAUUUCGCUGACGUUUUUCCUGUAAAGUAGAAAUGAGUCAAAUUUAAAUAAGUACUUUAAACGGAAAAAAAUUCAAGAAAGUACAUAUUUUCAUAAAAUUACUUGCUGAGCACCAGUUUUAAUAUAAACUAUCGAAAAUCUAUUAACUUGUGUUUCUUGUACUAGCAAAACAGAUAAAUAUAAAUUUACAAAAAGUUUCAUUCAAAUUAAUGAAAAAAAACGACAAAAAAUACGUGAAUGAAAAAUUUCCGAAAAACAAAAACAAGAAAAUAAAAGCAAACAUGGAAGUGCGCCCCAUUGAUAAAAAUAGAAUGUCUCGCACUCUUUCAAAAAUUUGUGUGUUUCGUCGUUGCUGUUUUUUAUUAGACUGAAAUGGUGCGCUUAUUUUCUUAUUCUGUUUAAAAUUAAUUAAUGAGAUCUAUACUUUUUGUUUGUAUUCAAACUUUAAUUUUCAAUAGAAAUUCCUUCAACUUGUAAUGUAUUCUGACCUUUCCAAUUAUAUUUUCACAAAAAAAAAAACAAACAAUAAUAUUCUCCAGCUUCUCCAGUUUUAUUUGUUCUUCUCACUUUUAUUUUCAAUUUUUCGCGCAUUUACGCAAAUCAACAAACAUGUUGCCUUUUCUCAUUUUCUCUCAUUAUUUCUAUUCAUUCAUAAGACCUAACAGGUGUUUAUAUAACCGGCUUGCGAUAUUGGGUAUUCAACUGGGGGUAUAGCUCAGUGGUAGAGCGCUCCCUUAGCAUGGGAGAGGGCUGGGGUUCAAUUCCCCAUACCUCCAUAAUAUUUUUUUUCAUUUUUCAACUUAAUUACGCUGUUUAUAGAUAUUGCUGAUAGACCUUUUGUGAUUCUUUCUGGAAACAAACGGAUCAAGCCGAAGAUUUAUGAAUAUCUCCAUUCUGCAGGCGGAAGUUGGCUCAAAUCUCGAAAUGAUCUUCAAAAUUUGAAAGGAAAUGGUCGAUUUGUAGUUAAUGCUGGCUCAGAUGUGCAAAUGAAACAAUUUGGCGUGGUCAAUAAAAACGGGGUUCUUUUUUUUUUCAGUUUUUUUUUUCAAUUUUUCGAGGGAUUUUUUUCAGAUAAUACUAGCUCAAGUAGAACUCAACAAAAAUGCACCAAAACCGUUUUGCUGUUUUGAAAGAGAAGAUGAUAUGGGACUGUUUGGAGAGUAUGGAAUCAUUUCCGAUCCAAUUGAAGUUUUGGAUUCGAGAACUUUGCGUGUACCAAACUUUUCUUAUGAAGCUUCGAAAACACCAGAUGGUUAUUUUUAUGCUGGUACUGGGGCAACUAUUGAUCAAAAUACUGGAAAGAAAGCGGCAGUUGUAGGACGAGACACGCCAAACAAGUAAGUUCUUCCAAGAGGAAAAAUAAUUUGAAUGAAAAAACAAAAUGUUUCAGAAUUUGUGCCAUCACCAAAGAUAUUUCCAAUCAAAAUAUGAUCAUUAGAUUGGAUGAAAGUCAAUCAGUUUAUGAUAUUGAAUGGUUAUCCGUAUUUUGUUAUCAAUAUUCUCAUGAUUUUGGACAUCUCGAUUUAGGACUUGUCGAAGAUGAAGAACUUGUUCCUCCUUACAUUCCGGAAAUUCGAUCAUUUGAACCAAUUUAUGAGGCAAUACAAAAAUGUUAA